AUGGUGUGCUCCUUCAUGUUCAAGACCGCGGCCUUGGUUUCGGCUGUGCUGGCGACUUUCAGCGGUGCCGAUGCGGAGCUGGAAACCGUGAAGCUCAACCACCCGACCGGGUCCAGCGCCGAGGUCUUCCUCUUCGGUGCCCACGUCAAGUCGUUCCGCAGCGUGUUCGACCCGAACAUGGACAUUCUGUUCAUGUCGAACCGCUCGCACCUCGAUGGCGUGAACCCCAUUCGUGGUGGCAUCCCCGUCGUGUUCCCGAACUUCGGCAGCGCCACGGGUUUGCCCAGCCACGGCUUCGCGCGCAUCACCAACUGGACGCUGGCCAGCGUUGUGCAGGCCACCGAUGAGACCAAGCCCAGCGUGGCCAAGUUCAAGAUGGCGGCCAGCGAGGCGACCCGCAAGAUGUGGCCCGUUGACUUCGAGCUCCAGUACGAGGUGAAGCUGUGGUCCGCCCAGCUCGAAACUACCCUGAACGUGCACAACACGUUCACUAAGGACAUCGACUUCCACGCGCUGCUGCACAACUACAUCGCCGUGAACGACGUACGCGACAAUGGUGUGGUGGUCAAUGACCUCAACGGCGUGGACUACUACGAUAAGGUCGCCAAGGCUAACAAGACGGAGACUCGCGACAUGAUCAGCAUCACGGCACAGACCGACAACGUAUACAGGAACGCCCCAGUCAAGAUCCGCGCUCCUAUCAGGGGUGUCAACUUUGACUACACCGUGCAGGUCGAGAAGAAGGGCUCCAUCAAUGGCGCCGCAACCAAGACCGACGUUGUCGUAUGGAACCCGUGGGCCGACCGCGCUAAGACCAUGGAAGACUUCGGCCCCGAGGAGUACCUCAAGAUGGUCGCCAUCGAGCCUGGUCGUGUCAGCGAGAAGCAGGUGCUGCCCGCUGGCCAGACGUACACGCUGCAGCAGACUGUCUCGGCCAUCCGAUACUCGUAA